AUCAGCCAGCCUGCCCGCUAUAGUCGGACCUCGAGUACAUCCUAUCUGCUGCUGUCAGGAUGGACGACCCAGUUCUGUACAGGGCUUUCGACGGCUUAGUUGGAGACGCCAGCAAGGUGGACGGUACGGCUUACUCCAAAGAGCGUGUCGAGGUCGUACAGAAAGCUCGACAGGAAUUAAAAGCCUCGCUGACGGCAGAGCAGGACGGCUUGCAUCGUAUUCUCACGGAGAACUUCCCCGCCGUCUCGAAGCAGUAUCGAUCUGCCGACAGUAUACAGAACAAGCUCAAAGAGACCCAAGCAUCCCUGGAAACCCUAGAACAAGCUACCAGAAGCACCGACGCCUUGACCCAACCUCUUCUCGCACUACUCCAAUCCCGAGCUCAUCACCUAAUCUCACAACGAUCAUCAUCCGCCCACCUACAAGCUCUUCAGGAGCUACAAACACAUGUCAAGAAGCUACAAGAGCUGGAAAAUGAUAUCAGGGCGGGUCAUGGGGACUUGAACGGAAAGGAGCAGGAAUUCUGGAGUUCCAUCGGGAGCGGGCAGGGCAAGGGGAAGGGUAGGGAGGGGAUCAACCUGGAGGUUAACAGCAACGUACUCAAACAUGCGAGAGCUACUGGACAGCUACAGGAUCGAGCGCGGUAUCUAAGGUCGUUAUACGUUGGGCAGAUGGAGGAAGGAUACGCUCGAGCGGUACAAUUCGACAUUAGUGCGGAGAAGACCACUUGCUGGAUACGUUCGAGCGUGCGAUUGAAAUCGCAAUCAGCAAACGGAAAAAAGCUCCCCACGCAACCUCCGACGACGUCUCUCGAGUUUAUCCUGCGUACAUUGUGCGAAUAUCAAAGACUCGCACCGCUUCUGGAGAACACUCGAGAGGAAUUCGGAAGGACGAUCCUCAGGCCUCUGAUCUCACACCGCACGGACGGGAAGGAACAGCGUCUGGUCGUCCAAGAGGAUGGAGAAGGUUGUGCGAUCAGUGUCGAAGUCAGGCCGACAGGGUUGAAGGAUUCCGAGAAGGACAACAACCUGUAUGAAGAUCUGGAAAUCCUGUUCGAACUGCUCGGCCGAGCUUUUGCCAUACCGGGCUCAGAAGGCAGGAAUGACGACUCGCUCAACGCGCAGAUGGAGGACCUUCGCUAUGCACUGGCUAAAGAGUCGAUGCGGAUCCUGCUAGAAGACAGGCUGAAAGCGGGAUCCCCAGCCAAUCGAUAUCUUUUAAAAGGCUGGGCGAACCGGAUAGCGAAGGCGGUCGAAAUCGAGACCAAAUUCAGUGGAGGGUUCCAAGGUCAACCUUUCACUUCCAUCGGCCGAUUUUAUGCUGAAGAGGCGGGUCAGUUUUGGGCGCAGAAGCAGAAGGAGACGAUAUUGGAACGCGCUCGAGGGAUCAUUGCCGGAGGAUGGGAAGGAUGGGAGAGCGUCGAAGUCAAGAAGGAGCAGAGGAUCGGUGCGAUGCCUAUGGAAACACCAAGGGUGUUGGAUGACAAUACCGUCAGAGAUCUAGGAGCGGCAGCGGAGAUUGGGCCUGCAGAAGCGGAGGCGGAAGCGGGCUGGGGCUUUGAUGAUUGGUCUGUCGAGGAAGAACCCAAGACCGCUUCAGAGCCCAAAGUCGAGGAGAAGAGCGAGGACGGAACGGAAGCGGAGUCAGGUUGGGGCUUUGACGAGGACGAUCUCGGAUCGCUGAAGGCGUCGCCACCCAAACCGGUCAUCGCCCCGCCUAAACCGAUCCGGCAGGCCAGGAAAUUGGGCAAGAAGCAGAAAACCCAUCUAAAUGACCAGGAAGCAGAAGAUUCGAUGCCCAAUUCGGUUUAUUCAGAUGCGGGCUCCGCAGCACCUUCGGAAACAGCUGGAACCGCCACGGAAGGAUGGAACGAGUCGGUAGCAUGGGAAGAGCCUGUCGUACAGCCGCCUGUGGCUUCGAAGGUAGCUCAGCCGGAGUCGCAGAUAAUAGUGGAACGAUAUCAGGUAUCCAAGGCCUGUGACUCGUUGCUCGAGGUCAUCCUGAAUGUUAUCGAAAUUGCGCAAGGCCUUGAGAUGGUCAACAUUCCUGGCGGCUCCUUCCAAAAUCUGUCCGAGACCGUACAGUCGGUAGCGCCCGACAUCCUGGACCUUUACGGGGAUUUAAUGCCGAAAGCGCACGCAGCCCAAAUCGAUCACGUUCCAGCGCUCGCAAUGCAGUUUUCCAACGAUUGCAGCCAAAUAGCCGACGUCGUCGAGUCGAUGGCACAGACCUGCAACUGGAAUCCGACCGAGUCCGUGGCCCGAUUGCGGGAACUGAGCGAUAUAGCUUACGAAAAGCAAAUGUCAACUCAACGACAAGGGGUUCUCGAGGACGUAGCCAUGGCCGAAGGAUUCGAGGGCUCUUCAUUCGACCAGACGUUCGAACGACAGAAGCAAGUCAUGUCGCAGAUUCGGCACAAGCUGGAGAUGUUGCAUCGAGUCUGGAUGACGGUACUGACCGAAGCGAGAUGCCUCGACAGCAUUGGGCAGCUUGUCGAAACGGCUGUUUCUCGGGUAGCCGAUGAUAUCAUCGCCAUUCCCGACAUUACAGCGGACGAAUCUGAACGUCUGAAACAAAUUUGCGAGGUUCUGAAACACGUCGAGGACAUAUUCUCAGGUCAUGGCGUCAAUAUCGUUGCAUACGUACCACACUGGUUGAGGUUCUGCUACGUAGCGGAAAUCAUGGAUGCAAGCUUGGCCGACAUCACCUACCUCUUCGAGUCUGGUGCUCUGGUCGACUUUACUUCGAACGAAUUGAUCCACUUGAUCUUGGCCUUGUUUAGCGAUACACCUUUGCGCCGUGACACCAUCGCCAAGAUUCACCGAUCUUGAAUGAACUCCCAGGAUACAGGCGAGCUUUUCACGAACUUUUACGAUACCGUAUACGACAAAGAACCGGAUGUAUGAUCAGGUUGGCUAGCGCGAUGCAUAGGGGAAUUAAUACAGCAAUCAUCAUGAUCAAGUGGUUUCAGGUGGUCCAUCCGAAAGUUUCUCAUUGUGCGUGCUUCGAGAUCCACGAAGGUCGCAGCAGCCUGAGGGGUCUAUCGCAAGAGGCAUGCAUGAGAGGGGGAUGUUCAGUAUCGCUUCUUAUUCGCGAGCUUGUUUGAGCCGCUCGGAUGAGCUUUCUUAUGCAAGGUCCUGUCAUCAUUACAUUCCGGCAUGGAGCUUCG